AUGGUGAGGCAAAUGGGCGGGGGGUGGGGUGGGGUGCGGACCAGGGGGCAGCUGGGGCGGUGGGGAGACCUGGGGCGUGGAUCCUUGCCCCUCCUCCCCGUGCCACUGCCUCCUCUUCCUCCUCCUCCGGGUCGGGGACCUGGGGGAGGGAGGGUCUCCAUCUUCUCUCUGGCCCCUGCCCCUCACACACAAAGCACCCCUUCCUCAGCUCCUUCUUCAGCCCCGGGGCCCCCCUUCCCAGCGGUGCAGGCCCCAGGGGCUUCUCAGCCUCGCUCUAGUACCCUCCCCACUCCCGCUACCCCCGCCACGCAGUCCCGGCCCGCAAUGACGCCCAUCUCUGCUCCCCCUUCCUGGGGGUCCCACUCUGCCCCUCCCCCACGCCGAUGCCCCCAGGACCCUCCUGGGCUGCGGAUAGGCCCUCUGGUCCCUGAGCAGGUUUAUGAGCGGCUGGAUGACUGUGAUCCUGAGGGGUCCCAAGAUUCAGCCCUCCAUGGGGAGGAACAGCAGCCCCUGCUUCAUGUGCCUGAAGGGCUCCGAGGCUCCUGGCACCACGUCCAGAACCUGGACAGCUUCUUCACCAAGAUAUCCUUUUGUGCUCUGCCUGGCAGAAGGGGCACGGGAGGCAGGGAGACAGCGGUGUAGUGGGUUGGGGACUUGGGGGCUGAGGAGUCGGCGUCCUCAGGAAAGGCCCAUCAUGCCGUAGGCUUAAUUCUUGACGCCCUGCCACAUCUACAGCUACCACCAGAGGAGUGGCUUUGCCUGUAUCCUGCUGGAGGAUGUCUUCCAGCUGGGGUGAGAUGCUUGUCCCAGACCCCAAGGUCUUCCCCUUGCUUCCUCAGCAGUGCCUGCUGAGUCCGCCAGCGCCUUCCCAGGCAACCCAGGGGCUCAGCAGGAUGGGUUAAUCCGGGCGGGCCUGGAGGCUGGGACAGGAGCCCUCCCAGCCCUCAGGCCUGACCACUGCACUCCCUCCUGUCCCAGACAAUUCAUUUUCA